CAAACUGUGACGAUGAGCAAAAGUUUGUUUCCCACGCCCUCAACUUUUGCAGUUACAACAUUCCUUGCAUUGCAACAACAGCAACAAACAAGGUCAAAGACAGAGACCCUGCCUGACCAUUAGUUGAUCUUUCUAGGCCUCUUUGCCAGAGUUGAGAGAAGAUGUUUCGAUUCAAACUGCCAUCAGGGGUGGCUCUCCUGUUGGCAUUGGUUUUGCCAUCAUGUGCUGCAUUUCGGCCGGUACCCCGUCAUCUUCACCAACAAUCUACAGCAGACACGCGACAAUUCAUGUUCUUUGCCGAAGAAGCCCCUGAAGGGAGUUUAUCCAUUGAUAUUGUGGCAUCCGGAGAUGACGAAGAGUCCAUCAACCAGGCUGCCAAAUUUUUGAUCAAUUCCUUUUGGUUGGAUGCCCGCCAUUUGGUCACCACGGGUGAUGAUGAUGAUAGCGCUGUCGUUGUUUCGGAUAAUGCCCGCCAAUCGCUCUACGAACGGCAAGCGUCGGACCUUUUUGAUAAUUACGGAGAACGCAUGGGAAAGACAAUCCUUGAUAGUGCGGUCAUCAAAGCCGUGGAUUCCAAAAAUCCCGAUGAAAUCGUAGGCCUUGUGUGUGUGUCCAGUUUGCUAUUUGAUGGCAAGACGGAAACUCUACUGAGUCUCCAAGAAUCAGAAGAACUUCUCAAAGCAGCCGUGGCGACAUUGGGUCCCAAAGACAGAAGAAGAUACAAGGAUGCCUCGGCAGAAGAUAUCGCCACUGGUCUGCUGGGCAAUGACAUGGAAGCCGUGUGUUGCAUAUCCAACUUGGCCGUGUCACCCAGAGCCAGACGUACCGGUGUUGCAGCGCGAUUAUGUGAUGAAGCGGAACGAGUCGCUAGUGUGGAAUGGGGAUAUGAGGUCAUGUUCCUCAAGGUGGAAGCCGACAACACUGCGGCACGGAACCUUUACGAGCAAAAGCUACAAUACUCGGUAAAAUGCAAUGAGAUUGCCGCCACGGCAUUGCGAGUGGAUCUGGAGAAUGGACAGUUUGUAGAAACCGAGGCAGAUACCCUCAUCUUAAUGAAAGAUAUCUAGCUAGCUUUGAAAGGAAUCUGUAAAGAUGCACGGUCCAGUAGCACUGCAGCUGUUUCAGCAU